AUUCUUGUUUUUUAACAAAGAAUCUGCAGAGGGAAAGGUAUGUGUAUGAAUAUAAUUUCUUUGUAUAAAAAAACAUGCUGUUCAUCAUGUGUAACGUUAGCCACCUUUAAUCACGUGUCUGUGGUUACCAAUUAUAUAACCUAACCUCCAAUUUUAAAUGGGAAAAUGAUUGCUAGAAAUUUUGGAAAAUUACUACCUUGUCUGAUACCAAUCGAUAAUGUCUCGAAGGAGCUUAAAACAGUUAAAGAAGCCGAUUUAACUGUCGUGCAAAAGGAGUCUGGAUGGGAACGUGUAAAAUCGCUAUUUGAAAAGGAUGACUUUGGGAGAAUCACUCCGGAAUUACAAUCAAUAAUUAAUGUAGGCUGUGCCAGUUGUUUUCUGGGUAUGUUAUAUGGGGGAAUAACGAAUACCAGGGAAACGUACAUAGACUUUGUUAAGAAUAACCAAGCGACCAGUUUUAAGAGUCAUUUAGAAGCUAAGAAAACAUUACAAGAUCGCAUGACACUUAGUUUUGCUAAGGGUGCCUUUAAAUGGGGAUGGCGUUUAACUGUCUUUUCAUCAACGUACAUAGUUGUCUCUACAUUAUAUUCGACGUAUAGAGGGAAAAAUGGAAUUUUGGAACAUACAGCUGCAGGAACAGUUGCAGGUUCUCUUUACAAAUUUAAAUUAGGCCCACCAGCUAUGCUAGUUGGUGGACUAGUAGGAGGUGCAUUAGGAUCAGUAGCUGGUGUUGCCACAAAUGUGUUACUUAAACUUAGCGGAAUGACAAUGCAAGAAGUGAGAUAUUGGAAUUACAAGUGGCUUAAAAAAAGGUCAGAUAAAUAUAAUGAGGAAUUUAAAAAACAUAUAGAGAAGGAUCAAAUCGAGUUACUUACUGAACGUGAACUUGCUAUGGAGAAGAGUCCUCCGGAUUUAAGUACAAUAGAAACUUCACAGUAACAUGAUUUUGUAUAAUUUUCGUUCCUGAUUUUUUAAUCCAUGCGCCCAUGUAAAAGCAGAGACUACAUAAUCUAUAAUAAAGAGAGGUCAGAGUCCUCUAAUAUAAAUCCGGGUGUCCUGCAAACUACUACAGGUGGGUUUCACUCUUCUUGUUUUUGUAAUGCGGCAUCAGCUGGUUUUAUAUAUUCUUUAACUCUUUGGAUCUCAGAAGUUUGUCCUUUUGAUCUUUAAAUGGAUUUUGCACCCUGUAGAGGCAACUACUGUUUUGAGGGUCUUGGAUGAAUUUCAGUUUCGGAGAUCCCCAUGAUCCUAAACAUCCUUAACUUGGACACUGUGUAUUUUCCAUGCCAUUUUUAAUAUUAUAAUAAUAUUAGCCUACCACAGGGAUGGCCACAAUUGAGUGACUUUUUAUAUUGCUUAUAGAAAAUAAAAUGCGAAACAUAGGCAAGAAUAUAUUCC